AUGGUGCAAUGUGCAGCGUUUGGCUGCAAUGCUCGGCCUGAAAAGCAAACAGAGAAGAAAGGAUUCUUCGGCUUCCCAAAGGACGAAAGUAUUAGGCGGAAAUGGAUUCUAGCCGUGAAUUCACGAAGGAUUAUUGACGGAAAGGUGGUUGACUUUACGCCAAGCAAAUAUGCAAAACUCUGCAUAAAACAUUUUGAGGAUAAGUGCUUUGUCCACCCCCCGAGUGUGAUGGCGAGUGCGGGCUUUGGGAUGAGACUGUCGCUGCAUCCUGAUGCAGUGCCAACUUUGUUCCCUGACACGGACAACUUCAAGGCAUUACAGCCGAAAGCCCUAAAGCCCGACGAGUUAGGAGCCCCAAACGGAAACGUGACACCUAUGGUGCUUUUGCCAAGAGAAAUCGCAAAACGGUAA